AAACUGCAAAGAGAAAUUGAAGGACCUGCGGCAAUUCAUGGAAGCAGAAAUGGAAGGAGAAGAAAGUGAAGGAAGUAGGGGAGGGAAGGUUAUGGAAGGAGUGGCGUCAAUAGCGCUGUUGCCAAGUGGGUCCAUCUCAGGCCACUUCAUUCAGCUUCCCAACUCUCUCUGCCUUGGCCUCCGUGGCACUGAGUUAGCCUGUGAAAGAGAAUGCAGCAGGGGAGAGGACUACCGCUUGAUCAGGCUCACCGUUACAGACUUCAAUAGUGGAAGGGAGAAGGACGUGGUGGUGGAAUGCAGAGGGCAUGAUGCUGCCAGAAUGUGUAAUGUUGAUCAUGCUCAUGGGUGGGAAAAGGACGUUGUGGGUAUGCUUGAACCAAAGGAGGGGAAGCACAAGAUUAUUAUUUCUUUCGAGUGUGAGACUUUGAAAGCUGAUGAAGCAGCAGAGGACCACAUCAAGAAGUUCAUGCCGAAAUUAGCUGGGAUGGAUGCCGUUGCUAUCGGGCACCCGUCUACGACCCCCAAAGCAUUGGAAAUGAUUCUCUUAACAUCGGCCGGAUGAAAAUCGUUGGUUUGGACUUUGAUGCGGAAGCUAAGGAGCAGCAGGUUCUUUAAGAGAUGAAAGUGACCACUGCCAAUUGCCUCAAAUUCCAUUUUGUACUUCGUUUACUCGUGAUUGUUGCCCUGUUUGGUUGCAUACUCUCUUUUGGGAAUCUUGAAAUCAGUUUAACUGUAUAGUUCAGACGAUAGCUUGAAUGCGAAUGUUUGUUUAACCUUUUUCA